AUGGAGUCACCGAUUCCUCGCCGCCUUUCGACGUCCAUCUCCAUACCCGGUUCUAGGAUGCAUGAGAUAGAAAACGUCAUCAAUUCAUACGAGGCUGAGGAAGAGCGUAUUGUCAAUGUGCUCUCUCGUAAAUUGGAGCAGCUACGGGACGAGAAAAUUCAACUGGAGAAUAUCCUUGAGGCCGAGUCAGAGUCUCACGUGAAUCAACUGACCAGGGAAUUGACCGCUCUGAAGCAAGCACAAGCUACGGGGCAUGUAAAUGGGGCAUAUGAUUCGGACAGCCAAAAUCAGAGCAUUUCGAGCAGUCCUAUUCAACAUUUCCAUCCAAAUCCUCAUGAAUUUCGUCAUCCAUCCGCCGAGGUGAUGCUCAAUGCACUCAUAGAAGAGAAUCGGCUCUUGCGUGCACGCCUGGUGGACACAGAAAGGGAUUUCAUCAGGAUUGCGAGGCUAAAUGAUGUCUACCGCGAAGAAAUAAUAGAUUUGAAACGAAAG